AUGGUCGCUCGCUUACCUCGUGGAUUUGCUCGUCGCUUCGGCGCCAAGGUUCGGAGGCAGGAACCAGAAACGAUGUCCGAGCGCAGGGGGGUCCAUUCAUCCCCGGGCGGCAGCCUACCGGUGCCUCCGGAUGCACCCGUCAAGAAGAAGAGAAAGUCUCCGCUACUCUCCAAAGCCAAGUCGUGUAUUGGAUGUCGCAAUGCCAAGCUGCGCUGUAAUAUGGAGUGGCCAUGCUCCAAUUGCGUGCGACGAGGUCUAGCCCACGAGUGUCCAGGAUUCGUCCCACACGAGCCACGAGCUAAGUCUGUCGAACAAGGGCAGCAUGUAUCCUUCGACCAGGCGCAUUCGCUGGCUUCCUUGGCUUCUCUCGCCCAUACAGCAACGGAAGAGUCUCGUCACGAAAGCGUAGCGCCGGGCGAGGCGGAUGCUCACGAUGGGCUGGCGUCGUCGCCGGUGCGAGGGCAAGUUGCGGUCACCACCCGCGGCGAUUCCAAUUCGCUUGGCGGAUGGCCUCAAUACUAUGGCCAGUCGGCCCACAGCAGCUAUCUCGCAGCGAGCUUCUCGCCGCCACCUCCGGCACCGCCGUCGGCACCAUCAGCAGCUGCUGCGUCCAACGACAGAUCAAAACCGCCCAGCUCGAAACGAGCUCGCAGAGCGGAAGAGGAUUCAUGGGUGCAGCUCGACACAGACUAUCAAUAUUUCUUGGACCAUGUCCAGGACGGCAUGAACGAGUCCAUUCUGAAAGACUUCAAAGCAUCCAUCGCAUGGAUGUAUUGCCCAAUCGAAGCGUCAAAGUGCAGGUCGGUGUUCGAUGGAGCCGAGCCGGACACUCUGGCGCUGCGACUUGUUAUCAAGGUCGUCGUGUUCGCAUGGCAGACAGCGGUUCUCAAGUACCAUCCCGCAGGCUCCGAGCGCAUCGGAGAAGUGGCGCUGCAGCAAUGCUGGAGGGCACUGGAUAAGGCAGACUGGAGCCGAAGUAAUUCCCUGGUAGUACAACAAGCGUUGUUCCUGCUCUGCAUCUUCCUGCUUAAUUUUGACGGUGGGCAAAUGUCCGAGAGGUUCUCAUCGGUCUUUGGCAUUUGCGUGGCCAAGGCCAUCGAGUCGGGCCUCUACACUGAUGCCAAGGUGGGUCAAGACGACGAUCAGACUAUUGAGCGUCAGCGGCAGAGGCUCUUCUGGGAACUUUACUCUUUGGACGCCUUCCGUUCGCUAGCCUACUGCCGACCGUGCUUCUUCCAAGACUCCACCAUCUCAGCAGCGAAGCCGAGCGUGCUGACCGACGACGAUGCGUUCCACGCCAUCAAGUACGAGAAUGCGCAGAUCAUCAAUCGGUUCAUGUCGCACCACCUUUACUCGGUUCGCACCGACUUCCAGAAAACCGUCGAUCUCGAUCAUCAGGUCCGUCAGCUGUUCGAACACAUCCCGCCGCACCUGCGUGUACGUCGAGCCAAUCGGAUCAGUAGCGGACAACACCAGAGCAUUCGACAGAUGCUGCAGGGCUGCACCAUCGCGCUCAACAUCCACCAAACCCUGCUCACGCUCUACCGACCCUGGUUUGUCUCCAACACGCUGGCAGAGGCGCAAGGGAAGGGCGAUCGACACUCAGCGCAGUACCAGCGUGCCAAGCUCUGCAUUGGCGAAUCGGCUAGCGCCAUGAUCGAUCUGUGCAGCCGCGCCUACGCUGUCGAUCCGCAGACGACGAUGCAUUGGGCAUUCUUCCUGCACCACACCUUCAAUGCCGGCGUCUGUCGUGCCAUACAGGCUAUCUACGGCCACGCAAGCGAUCCUCUCUCCUACACUGCUGUGGACGAUGUAGAUGAGGCCAUAGCGCUGCUGGACAUGACGCAAGAGCACGGUUGUGGUCAAAUGUGGCGGCCCAGGGCGCAUGUCCUGAGGAAGCUGCGUCAGCGAAUCGACAAGGUCUACAACGGAGCGGCACGCAACACUGGCGGAGAGCGGUCGCGUCGAGCCAGCUACUUUAGCCUGCUGGGUGCCACCGUGCCGCUUGAGCCGGCGCAAUCCUCAACGGGCACUGAUCAGCAACAGCUGCAGCCCGAGGCAGAGUCGUCCUCGACUUCCCUUCUCACCAGCCACGAUCUUGCCUCGGCCACGCCGGACGAUGCUGCCUCCUCUUCGGGAUGGCUCGAUCUGCUCAACGCGGACGCCUUCACGCUCUCUAUGGCUGAUCUGUGGAACGUGGAAGGCCUGCCGUCCAUGGGCCUACCUGCCAAUGCCGAUCAACACGCAGACGCAGCGUGGUCCACGCCUCUACAUCAGUAG